AUGUUUAAUAUUCCAUCCAUUAUCGAAUACUUCCCUUCACAUGGUGUAAGCAAAAAUAAAAAAUAUCAUUAUGGAAAAACCGCACUUCAUAAUGCAGCCCGUUAUAAUAGCAACUUAACUGUCGAAGUUCUCAUUUCACAUGGUGCGAAUAUCAAUGAAAAAGACAUAAAAGGAAAAACCGCACUUCAUAUUGCAGUAAAAUAUAAUAGUAAAGAAACUGCUGAAGUUCUCAUUUCACAUGGUGCGAAUAUCAAUGAAAAGGAUAAAAAUGGAGAAACCGCACUUCAUUUUGCAGCAAUAAAUAAUAGUAAAGAAACUGCUGAAGUUCUCAUUUCACAUGGUGCGAAUAUCAAUGAAAAGGAUAAAAAUGGAGAAACCGCACUUCAUAUUGCAGCAAAAUAUAAUAGUAAAGAAACUGCUGAAGUUCUCAUUUCACAUGGUGCGAAUAUCAAUGAAAAAAAUGAAGAUGGAGAAACCCCACUUGAUAUUGCAGCAUUGAUGAAUAAUGAAGAAGAAAAUUCUUUUUCUGAUACUUUCGAGGAUGAAUUUUAUUAUUAG